UUGGGUGAAAUGUAAAUGUUUUCUUCCUGCUCGUUACAGAAACAUGGAGGCCAAAGAAAACCUAAACAUCGAGGUGGUCGAGGCUGUAAGAAAGUUUUCACUGGUGCAUCACGACCAAAGAGAUGUCAGAAGAUUCACGUUGGAGAGAAACCGUACACCUGUGAUCAGUGUGGAGCAGCUUUCAGUCAGUCAAGUGAUUUAAAAAGUCACCAACGUAUUUACACUGGAGAGAAACCUUACAGCUGUAAUCAGUGUGGAGCAGCUUUCAGUCAGUCAGGUCAUUUAAAAAGGCACCAACGUAUUCACACUGGAGAGAAACCUUACAGGUGUGAUCAGUGUGGAGCAGCUUUCAGUCAGUCAAGUGAUUUAAAAAGUCACCAACGUAUUCACACUGGAGAGAAACCUUACAGAUGUGAUCAGUGUGGAGCAGCUUUCACUAUAUCUGGUUCUUUAAAAAGUCACCAACGUAUUCACACUGGAGAGAAACCUUACAGGUGUGAUCAGUGUGGAGCAGCUUUCACUAUAUCUGGUGCUUUAAAAAAUCACCAACGUAUUCACACUGGAGAGAAACCUUACAGGUGUGAUCAGUGUGGAGCAGCUUUCACUGUAUCUGGUGCUUUAAAAAAUCACCAACGUAUUCACACUGGAGAGAAACCUUACAGGUGUGAUCAGUGUGGAGCAGCUUUCACUGUAUCUGGUGCUUUAAAAAAUCACCAACGUAUUCACACUGGAGAGAAACCUUACAGGUGUGAUCAGUGUGGAGCAGCUUUCACUGUAUCUGGUGCUUUAAAAAAUCACCAACGUAUUCACACUGGAGAGAAACCUUACAGGUGUGAUCAGUGUGGAGCAGCUUUCAGUCAGUCAGGUGAUUUAAAAAGUCACCAACGUAUUCACACUGGAGAGAAACCUUACAGGUGUGAUCAGUGUGGAGCAGCUUUCAGUCAGUCAGGUCAUUUAAAAAGUCACCAACGUAUUCACACUGGAGAGAAACCUUACAGGUGUGAUCAGUGUGGAGCAGCUUUCACUAUAUCUGGUGCUUUAAAAAGGCACCAACGUAUUCACACUGGAGAGAAACCUUAAAUGUGCCAGGAGGAUGGUGCAGCUUGUAUUCAUUCAGACUAUUAAAAAAAUUAUACCAAAUGUUGUGGAAAAACUAAUGUGUACUGCUGGAUUAAAACUUUAUUAACAAAGGUAUCACUAAGAAGACCUGUGAGGUAAAACAAAAUGAUAUUGUGCAUAUUUGUAAAGUUUUGGCAAACGGUAGGGGGAUUUGCAGCCACUUCUUGUAAAUGUUUAGUAAAGUUAUGAAGUUUAGUCAUAGAAAGACGACCUCCCUCUGAAGAGAAACUGUUCUGCAGCUGUUCUGUAGCAACUGUGAGGUGAUUGUCGCAACAUAUUUGAGUUUGAAUUAAAUAAUACUGUAUAUAACUAUGUACUUUGUUAGUCAUAACAGAGUAAUAAUAAUACUAAUGGUUUAGAUUUAUUUAGUGCUUUAUCAAGGCACCCAAAGUGCUUUACAUUGUGAAUCUGUUAUUCAUUCACACGCUGAUGGUGGAAGCCAAGCUGUACAAAUAAAUGAGUUGUUUACAGUA